GUCAAAUUGCGCUUGUCAUCCGUCCACCGGAUGCGUGCGCAAUAUUCCCUUGAUUUUGUGGAGUUUGGUGUGGACAUUUGUGUAAAAGCGAUGGGAUUGUUCGUAUAAACGCCAAUUGUAUGUUUAAAGUUGUUUUUAAUUUUGUUUCUUCUGUAGUUAACGUUUCAGCUGAAAACAAAAUUUUGGUGUCUGUGUAUACUUUUUUAUAAAUUCGUCGUAAACGAGAAACAGUUGUGGCCGGAUCAAUCGGUAAUUUACUGUAUUUUUCGCCCAGUGCAAUGCGAUGUGCCCAAUGGGUGUCUGUUAAUACAUAAUAAAUAUAAAAAGCAGUUGUUCCGUGAGCAGCCACACGUGGAUGUUAGCGCCUUACACAAAUACCUCAACGAGAUCGCGCCGCGCAGCCGCCCUUUGAGUCGGCGGUGCGGCUGCGCAGGAGUAGUGUGAGGGGGUAAAGCGCACCCUGGAGCCGCCCAGGGAAAUCUUGGUGCGGUGGGCGCGGCGGCACAAUGGACGACGGAGGCAGCAACAAGCAGCGUCAGGCCACGCGAGUCUUCAAGAAGAGCUCGCCGAACGGCAAGAUAACCGUAUAUUUAGGGAAAAGAGACUUCGUAGACCAUAUCACACAUGUAGACCCAAUUGUUUCUGAUUUUGUUAUAGACGGAGUAGUUUUAAUCGACCCAGAGUAUGUAAAGGAUAGGAAAGUGUUCGGGCACGUGCUCGCCGCCUUCAGGUAUGGGCGGGAGGAUCUUGACGUGCUCGGGCUUACCUUCCGUAAAGACCUCUACCUUGCUGCCGAACAGAUAUACCCACCGACGAGCACUCCAAAGAGACCGCUCACACGGCUGCAAGAGCGUCUCGUACGCAAGCUCGGUCCAGCAGCUCACCCCUUCUACUUCGAGCUGCCACCGCACUGCCCCGCCUCCGUCACGCUGCAGCCCGCCCCCGGGGACACCGGCAAGCCCUGUGGAGUCGAUUAUGAACUGAAGGCGUUCGUAGCAGAUUCGCAAGAUGAUAAGCCUCACAAGAGAAACUCAGUCCGUCUAGCGAUCAGGAAGAUAAUGUACGCGCCGAGCAAACAAGGGGAGCAGCCGUCCGUGGAGGUAUCGAAGGAGUUUAUGAUGAGCCCUAACAAAUUGUACCUGGAAGCAUCUUUAGAUAAGGAAUUAUAUCAUCACGGCGAGAACAUCGCUGUCAACGUGCACAUAGCGAACAAUUCGAAUCGUUCCGUGAAGCGUAUAAAGGUGUCGGUGCGUCAGUUCGCCGACAUCUGCCUCUUCUCCACCGCGCAGUACAAGUGCACCGUCGCAGAGGCGGAGAGCGAGGAAGGUUGCCCCGUUGGUCCUGGAUUCACACUAAGCAAGGUGUUUACUUUGACGCCGCUUUUAGCGAAUAACAAGGAUAAAUGGGGACUCGCUCUCGACGGUCAGCUCAAGCACGAAGAUACCAACCUUGCUUCUAGCACAUUAAUCGCAGAUCCAUCUCAGCGCGAGAAUUUAGGCAUUAUAGUACAAUAUAAAGUUAAGGUGAAAUUAUGUCUCGGACCUCUCGGUGGCGAGCUGAGCGCGGAGCUGCCCUUCAUCCUGAUGCACCCGAAGCCCGAGGAGGAGGCGCCGCGGCCCGCGCCCGAGCCCGCGCCGCUCGACCACGACCUCAUACAGCUCGACCCGCACCCAGACGAAAACGGGCAGGAGCAAGACGAUGACAUUAUAUUCGAGGACUUCGCGCGACUGCGGCUCAAGGGCGCCGACGCGGACGCCUGAGUGCCCCCCCGCGGGCCCCCCUUUGUAACUUCUCGUUGUUAUGUGGAAAUAUAUCAUAGGAACUAACGAGUUUCUACACGUAUACCGGAUUAUAGGACAGAGGCGAUUAACCCACGUCGAGUACGAAGCGUAGUAUGAGCUUGGAUGCCAGUUGAAUGAGACGUUGUAAAGACAAUUUGCAUGACUCUUCCCGAUCCCUGUACAGUGUAAAUGUUGAUGUUUUAAACGUCUUAUCAAACUUUAUAAGUUAUUUUUCAUAAUUAAAAAGAUCAAAGGUUUUCAUAAUUCAAAGAAUUUCAAUUCCAACUCUGUAAUACAUUCGUCUGAUUUUCGAUUCCAUCGUGUGGGUGAUCUUGCUUUGCGCGGAUUUGAAUUUAAUAAAGAAAUGGACUAAAUGAAAUUAGGAGCCUCGUCGAGGGUGCGAAGUAUAAUCGUAUUGUUAUGAAAACUUAAUGUAACAUUUGGUGUAUAUUAUAUAUGAAAAUUUAUUUUAAAUAGGAUUAUUGAUCAAAUACGUGAGUACAAGUUUAGGUUUUACUUGUUUAUUUUAAUUUAGAAAUCAUUGUCCAUCGAGUUUGUUCGUUCGUUAGGAAAUCAUAGUACAAUGUGUUUGGUAAUGUGCAUUUAUAGAAUAAACAUGUUUUGUACCUUAAUGUUAUUUACUUCUGGGUAGCGGUGUAUUAUGUAUUGAUGGGUAAAUAAUAUUUGGGCUUGAUCAAAUUGUAUGGAAUUAAAGGCUAUUUUUGUGUGGCAAUUUAUACUUAUAUGUUUAAGCACAAAAAUAUAUUGUCUAUAAAUGAUAAUGUAAUUUAUGUAUAAAUAUUUUCUCUGAAUAUCAUAAAUGUAAAUGUUCGGUGUAAAUCACGUUUUAUAUAAUCGUUUAUAAUUAACGAUUGAUGAAUAAAUUGAAUACUAAAAAUAAUAGUUUAUUGUUUAUCUUACUUUAUUUUGGUCAUAAAAUUUCCAUGAAAAACGUGAGUUUGUAUUGAUGAACUCAAAAUACGCUUGAACUAGCUCUGUUUACAAAUUGCAUUUUGAAAGUCUCUGUGAAGUAUAAAUGAUAAUAUUUUUUAUUGUAUGUAAAGAAAUAGUUUAUGUUUUCCUAGUAACAUAAGCUGUGGGCGCUCGAUGACGCCGUUCUACUGAUACCAUUGUCUUAUAAAGACUACGACUGUGAAUUUUACAUUUGUUUUCUUUCUGUACAGUUGUUAGCUUGUAACGAUGGCGUGUUUACUUGUAGACUAGCUUUGUAAUGCACAAAUUAUUUUACUGUACAUGUUAUAUCUGCGUAAGGAACGAGUAUUUUAUUAUUAUCAACUAUAAUUUUCCUUUAAUUCGCAUUUUUAAUUAAUCGGCCGCCAUCCCGAUAUUAUAUUUUCUCAAUACGGUCCUCUCAGUGUUAUGAUCAGACGUUUUCUAUUUUGUGAUUUUUCUCAUCGCAGCUAUUUGUAGUGUUAAUAUAAGAACUAAUUUCAUACUGACAUUUUCGUGUCAUAUUACCUUUUGUAUAUUUUCGAAAUGAUUUAUAUUAUUCUGUUGUUGAAUUAAAAUUUAUUGUAGACUUUAUCCAAACCAUUAUGAUUAAGAUUUUAUUUUUAUUGAUGUUUACUAUUUGUUAUAUGUAAAGUGUUCGGUGGAUAUAGUAAUAUUAAAUAAAAUAAAUUGAAAUAAAAUAAUUUAAUACAUCUCGUCAAGCGAUGCAUCUUUAUUAGUAACGAUCCUCGUGUAACCUUCUGUCCAGAUCUCCUGCGUCGUGGAACUCCUCGUAGAAAGUCAUAAACUGGAGACGGAGGAGAUAAAUAUUGGUACUGGAUUGUCUGUAAACACAUAGAAGCGUAACACGUGGUCUUCUCUAGGCGUUGUUAAUUAUGUUUUUGCUGACCCUAUCUGUUGCAUUCCUAAGUUAGACGGUAGUAAUGAGAACGUAAUGCACUUUUUUGCAAAGGAAAUAAUCCAACCUCUUUCUACACUCUAUUCCCAAUCAAUACAUCCCGUAUGUUGUCUAUUGUGGCAAGUAUGUGUGCCAAGUGACAAGAAUUCAUCUUCCACGGGCAGCCCUGUCAUUUUAAUUGUUUAUAUACGUAGGGUUAUACAAGUAAAGCACGGUCUUGAAAGAGUACCUAUACAUAACACAAGUAUGUACAGUUUAAAAUAGUCAAAUUUUAGCUCGGUUAACAGUCCAAGCGCUUUGGAUAGGUAACUGUUGUGAACGGACUAUGAAAGUACUUGAAAAUAGAGGGCGAGCCAGUUUGCCGCGUGACCUUCAGCAGUGAUAGGAUUGCAUCCUCUCCGCCACAAACACGCAAAUAGGAUCGCUACUAAUAAAUACGUGUCCCUUGUCGAUAUGUUUAUCGAAUUAUUUAAUUUUUAUUCUAAUAUUAUGGUAUUUAUCGAACAUUUCAUAACAAUUAUAUGUCUUAAUUAUUAUUAAAUUAAUAAUAUAACUAAGAUAUCAACCGAAAUAAUCUUAAUAAUAAUCAUGUUGAUAAAGUAUACAAUUACAAACAAGGACAUUUUAUACAUAUACAAUAGUGAAAAUAAAUUUGGAAAUACACAAAAGACAAUGCGUCACGAAAUGAAAUAUGAAAAGAGGUUUAAGUUACCGUGCAGCCUCAUUGCUAAAAAUCUUGAUUUAGGCAUAGGGGAGGCUAGUAGUGUCUAGAGGUUUUGUAACCAAGGAACGCUACCUAGAACAGACCAAACACAUUUAUCAACAUUGAUUACUUUGCUAUAUUCCUGCGACCCAAUGAAUUGAGUGAUUGCUCUUCCUUGAAGAAGACCAGCUAGUCAUCGACAUAGGCAUAAAAGUAACGAAAAGCAUUUUAUUUUCAAAUCGGUGAAAUAUUUUUUUGGCAUUUGAACACCGUACCGGGCUAUGUACGGAAAUUCAAAAAUUCUAAAUGUCAUCCCAAAUAUUCUGUGUAACAAAGUAUCGAAUGACGUGCCUGAUCGGAUAUUUAUCCUGUUAGGUGAUUCGGCAUAUAGUAGUAUCCGUAAUAUGCAGACAGACAGACCGAUUCAAGCCACCCUAAAUAUUGCGCAACUUAGAUAACACUCAAAUAUCGGUUACACUACAUACAUUACAGACACUUCAGCAACCUGUACUCGGGCCACAUAAACAACUCAAAUGGUCUACAAUCAAAAAUCUUUACAUAACGAUCAAUCUGUCACCGGAGACAUGCCAAUGAUCAAAUAAGAUCAGAGCAUGAAGUUUGGUUACCUAACUAUUGUUUCCCGUUGACCAAUGUAAUACCGGACGUCUUUGAAUGAGGAUGAUGUUGUAUAACUAUAAAAACUGCUUUCGUUUUAUUAUAAUAUGUAUAUAUGAUUUUAUAUGUAUCGUGUUAUUGUCUUUUGUAUAUUUUCAAAUUUAAUUGUAUUAUUAUGUUGUUAUAUAUAAAUUAUUAACACCAUUAUUAUUAAGAUUAUUUUUAUCGAUACUUACUAUUUGUGUUAUGUAAAGUGUUUAGUAAAUAUAUUAAUAUUAGAAUAAAAAUAAAUAAUUUAAUAAACAUCUCGACAAGCUACGCAUCUUUAUAUCUAGCGCUCCGAGCGAGUCGGAGGCGCCUAUGCAGUCGAGGCUAUCCGAUCAUAGCCGAAGGGCGCGGCAAACCUCGGCGCGAGAUCAUGCACUUUUAGUCCGCUCACAAACGAACGCACAUUGUAAAUAUUAUUAUUCUUCAGUCUUGUCAUUCCUAUAAUUUGCUUAAAAUCUAUUUUGAUCAAAUAACCUUGCAGCGGAAAAUAUGUUACUAUUAUAUUGAGUGAAUUGUAUUAUUAUUAUUUAAUAUUUAAGUGUUUAGAACAUGUAUAAAGUAUUUACGACUUAAUUAAUUCUGUAAUAUGAAAUAGAACAAAAAAGACCAGCACUUAUAUUAUAGUUAGCCUAUGUUUAUCACCAGCUUUGAGUACUAUAAAAAUGCAAAAUUAAAUGUAAUAUUAUUAAGAGGCUAGCCUGGCGCGUAAAAAUAUUAAUUUGAUACAAAUUUAUUGAUUAUUUUAUGAGAAGUAUAUUUUUAAAUGCUGACAAGCAAGAGUAUAAGUACACAUAAACGGUUGGUGUCCAUAGAGAUAAGCAAGCGUCGAACACAAAAAUGUUGAACAUGAAACGCGCAAAGCUACACAUUUGUUUUUUAAUUUUACAUCGAAAGUUUUUGAUGUAUACUUUU